GGAAAGGCCACAAUGCCGGGGAAAAAGGACUAUAACGACAAUGGAGGUAAGUGAAGAGAAGCAAAAAUGAGGUGACCAGCACACCAGGUCCAUUUCAUGCACUCUUGCCGCCCGCCUUUGCUCUGCGGUGUAUGCAGCGCUUCGCGAGUCCCUUCAGGAGGUGCAGGUAUGAUGACUGAUACCGCAAAUGUACCCACUAUCCAUACUGGCAUCACAAUCCCUUGUUUCAUGGUUGUCUAGGGCUGCAUUUGCCGUCUCGCCGCUGCCAACUUCAGAUUUGAACGCGGCAUGGCGCGAAGCAGAAGGGAGCUGCUCAAGAAGACACUCAAGUCCAAAGCGGAUGAGAUGCAGCGACACGCAGCCGCCGUACAGGAGGACGCCAAGGCCAAAAAGGAGACAGCACCUGCCGCUGCCGUCUCACCGCCCACAUCAUCGGGCCCGCUCAAGAGGACAGUUAUCUCCCUUCGUGUGCCCAGCGUCAUGGUGCCGCCGAUGGAUGUGGUGGACACACCCGCACUAGCGAGAUGCCGCAGGGUGCCGAUGCGCACGCACCAUAAGGUCAGAUGCACAAGACAACGGCAGAGAAACGUGGUGCGAGAAGGUGCCUGCGGUGGUGUGCAGAGGGGCGAACCGACCAGGGACGUAGGGCCUUUUUCACCGAUCCGUCUCAUCUCCCCUCGCUGGCGCGCCCUGUCCGUCGGUGAGCAUGACGGCGACUGCCUUUCAUGGGAGGACAUCGAGGCCCGUCUCCCGGCUGGUGGCGACGGAAGGCCGCAAACACACGUUCAGGACAAGAUGACAGACUCGACAUCAUCCGCCGGCGACUCUUCUUUACAAGGCAGCAAACAUGAAGUGGUUCGAAGCCCUCGCGCGGCACCUGUCGAAGAGACAGACCUCUCCCGCAUGACAGAGGUGCCGAAGAUUGUGCAGAGGGCCUUCAGAGCGGCCGCCAAGGAUGGCGGUAACACCAUGUCUGCCGGCCAAUUCGUAGAUCUCUGUCGCCAGUGCGGGUGGCUGGAGACACGAAAGGCAGCUGCCAUGCAGCAGCCGGCCGAUCCUCCCGCACAGCACGAGUGGACGAGCCAGCGGACUCAGACAACCCUAUCGUCUGCAACCGGUCCUCAGAGCGCCGCCAGAUGUCUGCCCUUCACGGUGCGUGACGCAGAGGCCGUUUUCACCCGAGCGAGGAACGAGAGGUCCAGAAAACUGGCUUUGCGAGACUUCGACGUGGCGCUUCAUCUGGUGGCGCUGCGCAGAGCGAGACCUGCCGUGAGCGAGCAGCCAACACCACUACCACCAUUGAGCCCUCGUCACCUGGACGUGUUCUUUUGUUCAGGAGGAGCUGUACAGCAGUUUGAGAGCUCUCGUUGAGCGAGAGAAGGACAAGAGGAAGACAGUGCGACAGGGAAUUGUCUCCUUUGGCCACAAGGACGAGGAGAGAUCUUCGGAUGAAGGCGGGCAGGGGCCGGAGGGCUCCGAGCGACCGGUAAGAGCACAAAUGGACGAGGAGACAGCUGUAUCUCUCAUUGGUGCCUUCAUCCAUGUAUGUGUGUCUGCAGCUGUAUGCAUCUGCCCGGACCAAUCUGACCACCAUGACUGAGAAGGCGGCACGAGAGUUCGUGUCUCCUACCUCCCGGCAGCCUGCACCAACGUCGACAUCUCCCCCUGGCAUCCGAGCCAUCGCGUCACCACGCCCAUUCAGCGCACAUCAUGCUUACAGGCGAGGCGAGAAGGCCACUCUCCCCUCCCUUGUGCCGACGGGACCAUAUGUCUGCCAUGGCUGGUGUCACGCAGAUGGCCGCAUGACGGGCCUGUAUCGAUGCCUCAGGCGGCUGCGGCCCCCCCGAUGACCCGCCUGGGUGACAAAGAGAAAGAGGGCGCCAAGAAGGACAAGCCAGUGGUGUGGCAGUUCAUUGUGCCCCCCAAUAGCUUCAGAGAACACGAAGACACAGCAGCAGACACAGACCGGCCCCUCAUCCAGCGGACCUCCUUGCCGCCCACAGACCUCCCCACGUCCACCCAUCGCGUUUCGCUCUACAGCACGUCUACCACGCCCCGACAUGUGCCGCCCGUGCAGUAUCACCAACAGCAUCAUCACGCGAAGGAGGCCGCUGCUGUCCCCCCUCAUCACGAAGACGCUGCUGAUACGGUCUUUGACCUUGACGCGUUCCUCAAAGGCACGCAGCCGGAGCGGCCGGAGAUUUUGGCGAGAUUGGUGCUCCCCAUAGCGCCAGGCAGGAUCCUGACUGGCAGCAGUGUGCGGCGGGUAGGCUGACCCGACCAAACGUCGCGUACGAGACAUGGCUGCCCGACGGGAUUCUUCUCUCUUCUGUUGCCAGGCUAUGCAAGCGAAAGGCGCAGCAUUUGUAGGUGAUGAUGGCAUUGAGGGGAGCAGUGCCAGCCCAUCCACAGACGUGACAUCUCCUCGUGUCUCGCCGCUGGAGGACACGGUGCCUGUGCAGCCCCAGACUGCAGUGGAACGCGCCACAAAACGAUUCCGGUACGUACUCUUGUAUGCCUGAGACACACAAAGACCGACUCACUGCAUGCACUUCUUAUGUGUAUCCAGGCUGAGGAGCGCACCGCCCCAUCGAGUCUCUCAGCGGCCAGCCCCAAACCCUUCAUCGCCUUCGCCGCGCUCGCCAGACGAGGCAGCACCCCGCCCUCUCAGCGCACGAUUCGUUCGUAUAUCCGCCCUCCAGCGCGGCAGCUCUUCUUCGUCUCGCGUGCAGUCGCCGUCUCCCCCGCCCAGCCACCCUUGCUCGCCCUCUCCGUCCCCCCACCUCAGCCGGGGCGUGGUACUUAGAUACUUUGAGAAACAUGCGCAUGAUUUGGAGCGCCUGGGAUCGCAUCGGGAGCAGCUGCUGAGCGAGGCGAUGAAGUGGAUCCCUGAGGUGCGGGAGGAGGGGGGCCGGCCGGUGAGCCAGGAGGAGGUUUAUCGAAGGCCACAGAGCAGCAGACGAGGGCGGCCUGUGACACAAAGCCCCCUGGUGGUGAGUGCGGAAGAGGAGAUCAGGAGCCGGCGGUUGGGUGCGCAUUUGAGACGAGUAUGGAGACAUGCAGGGCCGCAGCUAGUGCCGCUGUCGAGCAUUUGAGGUGGGAGGUGGUUGGUGCGCUGAUGUGUGUGCGCGCG